UCUGAUUACUUUUUUUUUUUUUCGCUCAAAUUCAAUUCUAGACAAUGGGCAACACGGAAUCAAUGUUCGAAGGCGCUUCGGCUGCCAACUUCACUCCUGCAGAGCUCAAACGCCUCGCAAUCAGGUUCAAGAAGCUGGACAAGGACAAGAACGGCACAAUCAGCUACGACGAGUUUUUGAGUCUGCCCGAGCUCAACCAAAAUCCCCUUGUAUCGCGAAUCAUUGCAACGCUCGAUCGCGACGGUGGUGGUGACGUCGACUUCCAAGAGUUUAUUGAAUCGCUUUCCAUCUUUGCUGGCAAGGCAGACAAGCAAGCCAAGCUCCAAUUUGCUUUCCAAAUCUACGACAUUGAUCGCGACGGCUUCAUCUCGAACGGCGAGCUGUACCAAGUGCUCAAGAUGAUGGUAGGGACCAACUUGAAGGAAGGGCAGCUUCAACAGAUUGUCGACAAGACCAUCAUGUAUGCCGACAAAGACAACGAUGGCAAGAUUAGCUUUGAAGAGUUCUGCUCGGUUAUUGGCCAGACAGAUGUGGACACAAAGAUGGUUGUCAAGAUCUAACAGCCAACACAUUCUUUUUGGUGUUGCUCUUCAGCGCGACAUCUGAUCGGUUGAGUGAUGUUUUCCCCAUUUUAUCUCUCUCUCCCUCUCUCGUUUUUGUGGUGCAAAUUUCACUCGCGUUUGGCUCUCUUUGCAAGAGUAGCUUGGCUGGCUGUUUGGCAUUUAUUUGUACGAUGGCUCUACUGUUUGAGCUUGUUGUGAUGAUGAUUUGUGAGCUUUAGGUUUUUUUAUCUGUGUGUGGCUUGUGUUGGUUUGUGCCUUUUGUUGUAACCAAACGCAUUACAUGCAAUUGGUCUUCCAUGUCCCAUCUACCCUUCUUGGCUCC